GGAUACUAUACCAAAAUUCUACAAGCACAAGCGCAAACACACGCACUCUCACAUCGAGCAGUUUAUCACUCACAUCGCCAUCAUGUCUGAGCACGUUCUCCCCAAGCUUGACUACGGCUACGCCGACCUCGAGCCAGCAAUCUCUGGCGAGAUCAUGGAGAUCCAUCACAGCAAGCACCACAACACCUACGUCACCAACCUGAACGCCGCCGAGAAGGCGUACGCCGCAGCCGUCCAGGCGCGGGACGUGCGCAAGCAGAUCGAGAUCCAGUCCGCGAUCAAGUUCAACGGUGGCGGCCACAUCAACCACACGCUCUUCUGGAAGAACCUCGCCCCUAGCAAGGCCGGCGGUGGCCAGCUCAAGGACGGCGCGCUGAAGAGUGCGAUUGAGAAGGACUUUGGCAGCGUCGAAAAGUUCAAGGAGCACUUCAACAAGACCACCGCCGCCGUCCAGGGUUCCGGCUGGGGCUGGCUUGGUUACAGCGCCCUGAGUCAGAAACUCGAGGUGGUUACCACCAAGGACCAGGACCCACUCAUCUCGCACGCUCCCAUCCUCGGCGUUGACGUGUGGGAGCACGCGUACUACCUCCAGUACAGGAACCUUAGGCCCAAGUACCUCGAGGCCAUCUGGAGCGUCAUCAACUGGCAGGAGGCCGAGGCACGCUUCGAGAAGGCCAGGGGUGCCUCUGCUCAGCUCUGAAGCGCGCUGCGCCUAUGACAUUGCCACGCAUUCUCGUGAUCUUCAGGUGAAAUGAUGGAAGAGGUGGGAG